AUGUCAAGAUUAGUUAAAAUAUGCGGUAUUAGGACUGAAGAGGCAGCAAGUUGUGCUAUUGAAUCGGGUGUUGAUUUACUUGGUGUAAUUUUGGUACCAAAUAGAAAGAGGACCAUUGAUCAUGAUGUAGCCAAAAAGAUUUCACUUUUGGCUAGUGAUAAGAGAAAGACAAAAAAUACUCAAUUCAAAACUGUAAAUUCUAUAUUGAAGCAUCUAGAGAAACAGUCAUUUGAGAACUGUGAUCAAUACUUUGAUUCUUUCAAGCAAUUAAUAAUAGAUAAUGGACCGUUCUUAGUCGGUGUUUUCAGAAACCAAGAUAUUUCGGAUGUAUUUAAGAUUGCAAAGGAGCUUAGUCUAGACUUUAUACAGCUUCAUGGGAAUGAGGACAAAGAAAAAUUCUGUCAAUACAAUUCCCUGGAAGAAUCAUGUAAAUACGGGAUCAUUCCAAGAUUUGUGAUCCCGAAAGAUAUAGAUGUGAUGGACAAGCUCUUUACAGAAACUAUCAGGGAUAAUGUAUAUGCUGGAAAUGGAUUUGCUCUACCAUUAUUAGACUCUGAAUUAGGGGGAGAAGGUAAAACUAUUGAUUGGAAAACAGUCGAUGACUUGCAAAAUGGUAAAUUUAUCUUAGCAGGAGGUUUAAAUCCUGCUAACGUCCGAAGUGCGUUUGAGAUCAACAAUGUGAUAGGAUUUGAUGUGAGCGGUGGUGUUGAAGAUGAAGAUGGAAAUAAAGAUUUAACGAAAGUUGAGGGUUUUAUAAGAGCUGUCAAGGAAGAUUAA